CAAAAUCCAUUUUCUAUUUAACUAUAAUCCAAUAAAUAAUAAUACAAGGAGGAAAACAAAUAAGAAGUAAAGAACCCCCUCCCUCUUAUCCACUCAGAAAGCAACCACACAGAAACAAGAGGCAAUGGCAUCCUCAAACCCACUCUUCUCAUCCCCACUCUCUCUUUCCCACUUCCGCCGCCACGCGCCACCGCUCCAAACCCUCUCCUUCACAACCAAAGCAACCCCCGAAGACUCAACCCCUGAAGAUCCACCCACCACCGACUCACCCGACACCGGGAGCUUCGAAGACCGUCUCUCACAGGUCCGCCUUCGUUACCGGAGUGGCACCGGAAAAAAAGCGGAAGCCCGGAAGACGAAAAAAACGGGGAAAAAAGCGGGUGGGUCUGGCGGAAACAUGUUCCUCCCGCCGGUGCCGUUAAAGGAGCCGAUGUCGGGUGGGUUGAAGGUGGACUUCGGGUUUAGCCCGUAUUCGGAGAGGAUGAAUGGGCGCGUGGCGGCGCUUGGGCUGGCGGCGUUGGUGUUGGUGGAACUGGCGACCGGUGAAAGUGUGAUAAAGUAUCAUACAGCGUCGAUAAUAUUUAUUCAGGUGUAUUUUGUGGCGGCUGUAACGGCGGUUUAUUGUAAGGUUGAGAAGGAAAAAGUCAGCGUUUGGCCGGCUGCUAAAUGAGGUUGACUUCCGGUUAACGGAAUAGUACAGAUAUUGAUAAUACAGUUGUCUUGAGUAAUUUGUUUCUUUUAAGUGUUCAAUUGUUUGUAAAAAUAAGAGAAAGUAAUAGUUAUUAGUUUUGAGAUGGUAAAUAAUGAAAAGAAAGUAUAUGGAAAUUUUGUUUUCGUAAA